AUGCGCUACGCAGGCGGUUCGCUGCUUCCGUACAAAUGGAAACUUCCCCGCUUCGUCUCCAAAGGGAUGAGCUGGGAGCAGAGGAGCAGCUGGGUCCUGUCUGGGGCCACUGCAGCAUGUGUGGCUGCCCUCUAUGUGCCCUGUGUCCAGAGGAGCGUACCCGGGGGAGACUCAGGAGAGCUGAUCACUACGGCUUGUGAGCUGGGGGUUGCUCAUCCACCAGGAUACCCAGUCUUCACUCUCCUAUCUUGGCUGUCUAUUCGCCUUCUGCCGUCGCUGUCACCUGCCCACAGCGUCAACCUGAUGAGCAGCCUGCUGGGGGCGCUGGCCAGUGGUGUCCUCUGUCUUACUGUGUGCAGGUUAGAAGGCCCGGUUCCUGGAGCAGCUUUGGCUGGAGGGAUGUUUGCUGUGUCCAGACUGACCUGGCAGUGGUCCGUGGUGGCAGAGGUCUUCACUCUCAACAACCUUUGUGUCGCUCUGCUCUUCUUCUUGUCGGCCAGCUUUCACUGCGCUGAAAAUGGCAAUCAAAGAAGAAAAAUCGCACAUUUAGGGGCUUUUUGCUGUGGCUUUGGGCUCUGUAACCAGCACACCUUGAUUCUCUAUGUUGUCAUAAUAAUUCCUUGGGUGCUGCAUCGUUUAUUCUCUGAAAAGGCGCUCUCUCUGCGCAUAUUUGUGAAUCUGGCAAUCUGUUUUGGAGCUGGUUUUCUGCCCUACAUCUACAUACCUGUGUCCUCUUAUCUAAAUUCUGCCCGCUGGAGCUGGGGAGAUCAGACCUCUCUCUCUGGCCUCCUGACGCACAUGCUCAGGGCUGAGUAUGGCACUUUCAGUUUGGCAAAGACUUCAGGCUCUGUGAAUAUCACAAUGAUGCUUCAAGCCCAGCUGGAUCACUUCGUGGCAGAUCUUUCACUUCCUGUGCUUGUAUUGGCAGGAAAUGGCCUUGUUCUUUCCAUAAAUAAUACAAAAUGUGGCACCAUUUCCUUGCUUUUGACUGCUAUGCUUUUGAUUUACUCAUUGUUUUUUGCAUGGAGAGCCAACUUAGAUAUAGGCAGACCCCUGCUGCUUGGAGUGGUUGAGCGUUUUUGGCUACAAAGUGACGCUGCGGUGUGUUUGCUGGCAGGCCUUGGCCUGAAUCGUACCUGCAGUAUUUUGGAGAGGAAACUGGGCAAUGGCGCAUUAUGGAAGAUCGCUGGGUGGCUACUUACUAUCACUCUUCUGGUGCAUAUCAUUCGCACAAAUCACAAGGAAUGUAAUCUCAGUACAAACAGUGUGGUGGAAAAGUUUGGCCUAGAGUUACUUGCCUCUGUCCCCAAAAAUUCCAUUAUCUUGACCAGAGGAGAUCUUCCUGGGAACUCUCUGCGCUAUUUGCACUACUGCCAAGAUGUGCGUCCAGAUGUACGACUUGUGGAUCAAGAGAUGAUGACAUACAGUUGGUACAUUGCCAAACUUGGACAUCACCUUGAAGGAGUGCACUUCCCUGGCCGCUACUGGGACCCAGUGGAAUCGGAGGAAAAACACACUUUCAGUUUAAAAAACUUCCUCUUACAUAAUCCACAAAGAGAUGUGUUUGCCUGUAUUGGCUUGCCUGAUGAAGACCAGAGCUGGGUGCAAAGGUUUUCUCGGUGGCCCUUUGGUGUAUGUGACUUCUUAACGCCUGUUCAGAAGAAAUUUCAUCCUGAAGAUUGGGCUCAGCGCACUCGCCACAUCUACAACUGGAGUGAGCCACACAACAGUUUCAGUGUUUUGUCUUGGGAGCGUGUUGCUAAUGAGGAGAUGUGGCAGGCCAGGAUGAAGACGGCUUUCUUUCUGUUUGACCUGGCAGAGAGGAUGAUGGGAGAGGCAAAAGCUCGCCUUUUUGAGCUCUCUUACACUUUGUAUAAGGAUAUCGUGGAGACUUACUCACAGUAUCCUUCAAACUGGGACAAAAACUUGGCACUGGCUUGUGAGAGGCUGCUUCGUUUGGGUCAUCAGGGCUACAGUGCAGACAGCCUGUUGACCUGCAGUGUGCGGCACUUCCGCCUUUUCUUACAGAAGGAGCCCAAUGAUCCACAAGCUCCUGCCAUACGCUCUGCCAUCACCCACCUGAGCAAGGAGCAGGAGCGGCUACGCCAGAGCUCCAGGAACCCCACAUGA